GAACCCUUCUUUGUGACGUAAUUGCACCCGCCACUUGAAUGCUUGGCGCCGUCUUAAUUGCAGCUCGGCACAUUCCAUCGCGAAAGGUUUUGGUGGAGCAUAGCGAACAUGGACGCCGUCGUCUGUCGAAAGUCGGUGCGCAGAGACCUGUUCGGCGCCGCGGUCCGCGAGCGAAUGGAGCGAGAGUUGGAAACCAAGCUCGUCCAAAGUAUCCAGGAGGACACCCUGCGCUGGAAUUUCAGCUUCCAGACUGAGACGCCGCUGUCCGGCAGCCUGCUGUGGGAGAAAGAGCGCGUGGAGCGCACCGCAGCCUUUUACCACGAAUCCUCGGUGGGCAGCAGCAUGUCCCCUUCUGCCGAGCUGGUGUGUGAGGAGACUUUGGAGCACAGCCCCUCUGCUAACAAGCGUCCUGCUGAAGUCACCCCUGGCCUGACAAAGAAGGCGCUGACAAACUCUGCAAUCAAGAUCGCACGCAAAUAGUAUAAUACAGCAGAUGUGUUGGUCUCAAACAAACGCGUUCCAGUGAAGUUAUCCUAAAAUGGGAUCCAUCUACAUCUGGACAUUGAUUGACAAUUACUAAAAUAUCUGCACUUAAAAAAAAAAAAUUAAAAAAAAGUCUGAAUACUGACAUAAUUUAUUAAACAUGCUUUGUUACAAAGACAAUAUAAAAUGUGUAUAUAUAAUUAACAGUUCUUUAUUAAAAGAUUUUGUUCCCAGUUAUCAAAUCUG